GGCCAAUCUCGGUAUCUGAAAGAUCUGCACGAGAGGAUUAUAAACGAAACUGGCUCUGCACAAAUUCUUUCAUUGAAGACAAAAUAUCUACUUAUCAACUGAUGUUUAUACUAACUAAUUUUGAGUUUUCCAUUAAAACUAAGUUUCUAGCUUACAAUGCACUAGGCAUAUAUCAUACAGUAAUCAAACUUUCUAUAGCAAGUAGAUCUAGAGUGGAAAAUUCUAUGCAGGUUUUAUAUGAUAGAAUCGCUUGUUACUUAUGAUAAACAACUAGAUAGCUAUACCCGCCAACGAGAGGUAGUAAACACAGUAGCACGUGGAAUAGCAUAUCAGUUGGUAGAAGAAAAUAUAGUCACACUGCCGUGGUGGUCUCAUUUAUGGUUCAAUAAAGGGCUUGCCGCUCUUCUUCAUGUGCAAAUUCUAGAUGAGGUGUUUUGGGAAUGGGGAUUUAUGGAUUUGUUCGUGGUUCAAGUUCACCAAGACUGUCUUCAUCUCGACACAAAUUUCAUAAUGAAGCCUCUUUUAUAUGAAGUCCAGACAUCAUCCGAAAUUAAAUCACUUUUCUCUUUUCCAAUUUAUGUCAAAGCACCUGUCAUAUUGCGCAUGGUACGACAUAUUAUGGGCAAAAUGUUUGAAGAGAGUAUCAAGAAGUCGAUCAUUUAUUCGACUUACUCAUGGGAUCUGAUACAAGUUCAUACGUUAUGUGGAUCUAUGGACGUAAUCGAUAACCAAGAGCUAUGUAACUAUACCAUGAAAGAUAUAAUGGAGACCUGGAUAACAACAAAUAAUUAUCCUAUUGCACAUGUUCAUCGCAAUGAAAGCACAUUGUUCAUAUGUCAAUCUGAAGAGGAAUUUUACAACGAUAAUGGAAGCAAAGCGCUACGUCACUGGUUACCUAUCACUUUCACUACAUCGGAACAAUUAGAUUUUAAUAACACAACCCCUCGUGAUUGGAUAACUCCAGAGAAUAGCAAUAGAAUAUCUGUCCGACUUACUCAUAAGAAUGAGUGGAUCAUACUAAACUUACAACAAACAGGAUACUAUCGUGUAAAAUACGAUACAAACAGCUUAAAGUUCGUUACAAACUAUCUACUGCAUGAAAACUAUGAGAAGAUUCAUGUUCUUAACCGUGCUCAAAUCAUCGAUGAUACAUAUUAUUUCUUGAUGAGAGGGGAAGUUACAUACAACACGUUUAUGCGUCUCAUGAACUAUUUGGCUCGAGACAGGGAUUACAUAGCAUGGUAUCCUAUGUUACAAAUUUUUAUAGACCUAUCGUAUUUCUUACCAUUUGCAGAAAGUGCAGUUAUAAAGGUAAAGAUAGUAAUAUUUUUAGUAAAAAGUUAUUAAGAAGCAUGUUAUAUGUACGUGCGUAAUGCAUAACAUAUUAUUAUAAUAAUAUUUAAAUUUGACAUGAAUAAUUAAUAAAAAGAGAAUAUCGAAAUGUAUGCAUUAAUAUCAAUUACAAUGUGCAAAAAAACGAAACUAAAAGCAACAAUGCAGAAAAUGUGUAACGUUACUGUUUUACACGUUACAUACAUACGUGUUUAUAGAUAAGACAUGUCGCAAAAUUAUAAAUGAUGUAGGAUGUAUUUGUGUUAUGUAAGCUCGUAUGCUCUAUGGCAGAUGCUAUCAAUUCAACUGUACAAAUUCAAAAAUUGUUGGAGAUAUAUAUUUAUUGUAAUAUUAAAGGAUUAAUAACUUUCCAUAUUUACUUUUAUAAACAACAAAACAUUUAUAUGAUGGUCACGUAAUUUUUAACAACGUUUAUAGCAAGAUAUGCGCUAUAUCUUGAAAAAGUUGCUCUCCACAUUAUCAUACAACGAAGAGGUCGAUGAUAAUGAUCUCACUAUGCGGUUGCGCCAAGAAGCUAUAAAAUGGGCAUGUAUUUUUGGUUAUACAGAAUGUCAGCACACUGCUACUGAUAAAUUGAAGGAACACCUAGAAGAUCCCACAAAUCGCAAGUAAUUUCUGCAAGUACAUUCUUUCUAUGGUGAUUUCUUUCGUACAAUGUAUAAAAUUCGAGAUAUUAAUAGUCGAAAAUGCAGAACUUUUCGCGAAAAGCAUUAACUGUUUGUUAAAUUAUGUAUAAUGACCCACAUAACAUUUUGCAAGUAUUUUGCUAAGAAUUUGCUCAGAAAUGUUGCAAACAAAAUGGCAACAAGGUGAGUCCUCAUUUGUUUCAAUAUUGGUAGCAAAGAAACACGAAACAGCAACUUUACAGCACCUUUGGGGCAACAGUUGCGGUGAAAAAUAUAUAAUUAUGGCAUUAUGUCAACAAAAGUGUGGCAAAAGUUAAUUUCUGUCAUUAUUAUAGCAACAUGAUAGCAAUAAUUGCCAGCAAAUAGAUUGCACUACUCUGCUUUAGCAAAAAAUGUUAUCUGGGGAGCUUCUGCAAUAUUUUCUACAGAUAAGUAUUAAUGACAAUUGCAUUAAAGCUUGUUUCUAUUAUUAUAUAUAUUAUAUAUUAUUAUAUAUUCGUAUAUAACAUUUAAAAAUAGUACAAUACAACGUAUUAUGAGGUGACAAAUCAAAUGGGAUAACUAUAUUAAUUGGUUUUCGCUCUAAAUUAACUUUAAAAUACAUUACAUUGUUUAGUUUUUCAUUGAGUCAGAAUGAUUGUUUUGUAACUAAAUGUAGGCAUUAAUAUCUUGUAGACAUUACUAUUGUUGUAUUAUCCUUUCUUCUUCAGCAGUUUGUCGAGAGAUUUUUCAAUUUUGCGAAAUCUGUUAAUAAUUGAUUGUACCGUUUAUGAUAAUGAGAACUCUGUUAUUGAAUUUUAUUUAGUUUUUGCAUGUUAUAGACUUUCGCCGGAAUGGAGAGAAUGGACGUACUGUAAAGGUGCGAUGAAAGCGGAUGAGAGUGUUUUGCAGAAAUUGAAAGAAUUACACAUAAAUGAUUCUAAAGUUUUUA